AUGCAGUUCAAAAAACUUGUUCAAGAGAUGGCAGACGACUUGAACUGUAUUACAACAUCAAUGGCCAUUGCUGUCUGUACAGAAUUACAAAAUAGGAGAUUAAAAUUUGCGGCGCGGGUUCUAAUCGCUGCAAGAUGCCCGCAUCUUCUAGCGAAGCUCGAUGAUUACUGCCCAUCGCCAUCCCGUGGCUGGCUUAAUCAUAUCGCCACAAGAUUGUCAAUUCGGAUUGUGAGCUCCCAAACUAUUGAUAUGCUCUGA